AUUAUAUAUAAUAGGAACACGCCGCGUGAUUCUCUUGUAGAACGGUCAGUGGCGUUCUGCCGCAAGUGUUCGGCAGCGGCGUAGCAUGAUCCGUAGCAGUAGCAGUACCUACAUAUUAAUAUUAUACCUAUUAAAGCACCCGCUGCGGCCAACCCGAACAAUAUCGUCGCCGUCACCGUAUACCGCGAUUAUCGUAACGUACACUAAUAAAUAAUAAUAAUAUACUUUAUUAUUAUACAUAUUAUAUAUAUAUGACAUUACCGUCACGAUACACGACUAUGGAAACGUCGUCGUCGUCGUCAGCGAAGCGGCCUGCCGCCGCCGUGACUUCCGCGUUGCACUGCUGGUCGUACACAGAAGCGGAGCGCCAGCAUCUUUUUAGGGUGUCCCGGUUGUUCAUCACGUCUUAUUACGUGUACGUGUCGUACUAUGGGCUGUUUGUAUUGGACCUGAGCAGCAUUGAUCAUCCCACAUGGGGUGAUUUAGGUUCCAAUUGGUGGUGGAAAUGCGUCUCCGUGUGGAAUCUGGUAUUGCAAGUUACAUACUUCAUUUAUUGCACAGUAUUCGUAGAUUAUGCUGAUUCUGGGCCUGGAAAGUCGUGGAUAAAACCUCGGUUACAACAAAACAAGAAAAUAAGAGAUUUCAUAUUUGUCAGCCUUGUGUUUCCAGUGACAAUUGAUGUAUGCGUUAUGUUUUGGGCAAUCUGUGCUGUGAACAAGCCUUUGUUGUUUCCAAAUGAAAUGAACAAUUGGAUACCGGAUUGGUAUAACCACGCCGUGCACACCAAUCCGAUUGUAUUAACGUUGUUUGAUAUGGCCACCACCAAGCAUAGUCAGCCCAAACUGAUCGAAUCCACGGCAGGGUUGUUUAUGUUGUCCGGUUCAUACGUCACAUGUUUACUUUAUAAUAAAUUUACAACUGGAAGAUGGAUAUAUCUUAUCAUCGGAGAGGUUACAGCGAGUCUGAUGGAAGUAAUCAUUUACUUUGCAAUAACGGCUUUUAUUAUGCCAUUUAUGUGUUUGCUAAUUGGUCAUAAAAUGUGUUCAUGGUUUUCAAGCUCACAAAUGGAAAAAAAACAUAAAAUGUCUUAAAAACAAAACAAUCAUAAACUACUUAUGUGAUGAAUAAUAGUCAAAUAUUUACAUAGUAUUACUUUUACAACAAUGUUUACUAUUAUAGAUAUUUUUGGUUUAAUUUAUUACAUUUAAAUACUUAAUAACAUAU